AUGAUACCCGUAAAUUUAAAAGAUGCAGAGACUCAAUAUUUAUCUCUGCUGAACAAGCAACGGUUAAAAACUGAAUUGGGAAUUAACAAUAAAAGUCUUUUUAAAGCACCUAAAGACAAAAAUUUGUUGGAUCGGUGGACUGCAAUUUUAGGUCAGUUGAAAAGGCCACUUACUGAAUAUUGUUUCGUUUGUGAGGAACAUUUCAGCAUCGAUGAUGUUUUUCAUUCAAACGAUAUUUUACUAAAUGAUGGUACAGUACAUCAUACUAAAAAAAUAGUAUUGAAAUUGAGACCAAAUGCUAUUCCGAUAGUUGCCGAGAAUUUGACCGGUGACGAUUGUGAUGAUAUAAAUAUAGAAGUACCGUCCUUGUUUGAUAACGUUACUCCUCAAAGAAACGACAAUUGUGAACAAGCUGUAGAAUCAUCCACCGCAGAAGAUAUCAACCAAACUCCUGAAAAAUUAAAUUUUGAAAUGUUAAUAUCAACGUACUCGAACAUAUUGCUUCCAAGUUGUUCAUGGGGUGCAAUCAAAAGUGAAAAUGAAAAAUCUAUCACAUUUUUAACAGUUGACAAAAAUGAAGUGUUACGACGUCUUAAAAUUUAUGAUGAUCUAAGUGUACAAGUGCUUCUGGACGAUAUUCCGAUUAGAAUAAAAUGUGUACCGAGUUCUGUAGAGUUACAGAAAGAUAUUGUCAACAUACUUCAUCUUAUUCAUAAUAUGGAAGUAUGCAAGAAUUUUAAAGAUGCAAAAAGGUUAUUGAAAGAAUAA